CAAACAGACAGGUUAGAGCCGUUUAGGGUUUAAGCAGAAUCUAGAAAUUAGCAGUUAGAGACACUGAGAAGCAGCAGCUCUCUUCCUCAGCUGCUGUGUGUUUAGGCAAAGAAUAAAAUGGGGGCAGACAAAGGGAAGAAGCAGAAAGUGGAUGAGGAAAACAACAAUAUUAUUGAUGAAAAGCUCAUUUUUUCCAUUGAAAAAUUGCAAGAGAUACAAGACGAGCUCGAGAAGAUCAAUGAAAAAGCAAGUGACGAAGUGUUGGAAGUAGAACAGAAGUACAACAAGAUCCGCAAGCCUGUCUAUGAUAAGCGAAAUGAUGUCAUUAGCUCUAUUUCUGACUUCUGGUUGACUGCUUUUUUGAGUCAUCCUGUUCUUGGUAACCUUCUCACUGAAGAGGACCAAAAGAUUUUCAAAUUUGUAAGUUCUAUUGAAGUGGAAGACUCAAAGGAUGUGAAAUCGGGUCAUUCAAUCACGUUUAACUUUAAGCCCAAUCCUUAUUUUGAAAAUUCAAAGCUCUCAAAGACGUAUACCUUCCUUGAAGAUGGACCUACAAAAAUUACAGCUACAACAAUAAAAUGGAAAGAAGGCAUGGGCAUUCCUAAUGGAGUUGCUGACAAGAAGAAAGGAAACAAGCGGUCCCUAGCUGAAGAAAGGUCUGCUAACUUUUAUCUAGCAUUUCUAAGGGUUUUGAUUUCNGUUGCUGAAAUAAUCAAGGAUGACUUGUGGCCUAACCCUCUCAAUUAUUUUGACCAUGAGCCUGAUGAAGAAGAUAUUGAAGGCGAUGAGGGAAAGGACAGCGGAGGCUCUGAAGAGGAAGAUGAAGAUGAUGAAGAUGAAGAAGACGAAUGAACUGUUGGUAGACCUUGUGUUUGAUUUGAGUUCUCUUCAGUGUUUCGAUUAUCAGAGUUGGUCUCUGUAAAGAGGUUUCGGAUAUUGCAGAAAAAUCGAAUGACAUAUAGUGGUGACUCUAAUUUUUAGUUUCAGUGAGCUUUUUCUCACAUUUCUCCUUUAACCUUUUCUUUGUAA